AGGAGCUCCAUACUCUCAGAACCUGAAGAGACAAAUUCUGUUCUCAGUUAAGGAGGAGAAGAACUUGGCCUGGGUCAGGACGUGAAGGGAAGCAGAAGCAAGGAAGCAUGUCUCGGAAACCCAAACUUACCUACUUCAAUGGAAGAGGACGCAUGGAAUCAGUACGGUGGCUGUUGGCAGCAGCUGGGGUGGAGUUUGAAGAAGAAUUUUUGGAAACAAGAGAACAGUAUCAAAAGUUAAUAAAAGAUGGAGCCCUGCUGUUUGACCAAGUACCAUUGGUGGAAAUUGAUGGGAUGAAGAUGGUGCAGACCAGAGCCAUUCUCAGCUACAUAGCUGCCAAGUACAACCUCUAUGGGAAGGAUCUGAAAGAGAGAGCAUUAAUUGACAUGUAUGUGGAAGGAACAGCUGAUCUCAUGGGAAUGAUCAUUACCUUUGCUUUCACUCCACCUAAGGAGAGGAAUCUUGCCUUAAUCAUUGAGAGGGCCACAACCAGAUAUUUCCCAGUCUAUGAAAAGGUUCUGAAACAACACGGGCAAGAGUUUCUUGUUGGCAACCGAUUCAGCUGGGCAGAUGUACAGCUGCUUGAAGCCAUUUUAAUGGUAGAGGAGAAAGAGCCCACUGUGCUUUCCAAGUUCCCUGUGUUACAGGCUUUUAAAGCAAGAAUAAGCAACAUACCUACAAUUAAGAAAUUCCUACAGCCUGGCAGCCAGAGGAAGCCCCCACCUGAUGACCAAUAUGUGGCGACAGUGAUUGAAAUUUUCAAAAAAGAUUAAAUGCCAGGUUCCAUUCAGAGAGGUCAUCAAAAUCUAAAAAGAACAGGCCAGUUUAGAUGAUCAGCACUACCAUAAUUAAAAGCAAUGACAUUCCAAUGACAGAAAAUAGUAUCUAAUUACUCUUGCUGUUUGAGUGAUUUGUUUUAAUGAGUGUCAAGUCCUUGAUAAAAUAUGAAAACAAAAGAU